GGCCUACUGGGGCGGUGGGCCAGGGUGGGUUCUGAAGCCUGGGAGUGGGGAGGGCGCUCCCCGGGAAGGGGCCCAGAAGGCGCGGGCGCUCUAGACCCGAGAUUACAGUACCUGCGCUAACUUUUCCCCUCGGCUUCCUGCUCUGGAGCUUCUCCGGGCUAAGUCGGGUUCCCGGCAGGGGUCCCCGCCCCGCAGCCCAGCUCCCCGGCACCCCGGGCCGCGACACAGCGCGGGGAGGCGGCCCAGCGCCAAGCUGGUCGGACUGGUUCUGAGCAGGAAGUCUCCCGCCCUCGCCCCGGGCAGCCGACCAGCCCCACGCCGGCCCGGGGCGUCCGUCGGUCGGUCCCGCGAUCCGUCCGACGGUCCACCCAGCGCUUGCGGCCUCGCGGCCGGGCCAGCCUGGACUGCAAUCAAUGCGGCUUUGUCUGGGACGCCCACAUCCCAGAGGCCGCUCCCGGGUCGGCAAAUCGGAGCGCGGCCGGGGCGCGCGGGGCCUUGCCCGGCAGAGGACUCUGGAGGAUGAGGAGGAGCAGGAGCGUGAGCGCAGGCGGCGGCACCGCAACCUGAGCUCCACCACGGAUGAUGAGGCUCCCAGGCUCAGCCAGAAUGGAGACCGGCAGGCCUCUGCUUCUGAGAGACUACCGAGCGUGGAAGAAGCAGAGGUGCCCAAGCCACUGCCCCCAGCCUCCAAAGAUGAGGAUGAGGACAUCCAGAGCAUCCUCAGAACACGGCAGGAGCGGAGGCAGAGGCGGCAGGUGGUGGAGGCUGCACAGGCCCCUAUCCAGGAGAGGCUGGAGGCAGAGGAGGGGAGGGACAGCUUGAGCCCUGUGCAGGCCACACAGAAACCCCUAGUCCCCAUGAAGGAACUGGAAAUCCCACCUCGCCGGAGACUGAGUCGGGAACAGCGGGGCCCCUGGGCCCUGGAGGAGGAGAGCUUGAUGGGCAGGGAGCCAGAAGGGAGGAAGAAAGGGGUUCCAGAGAAGUCCCCAGUCUUGGAGAAAUCCUCCAUGCCACAGAAGACGGCACCUGAAAAGAGUCUGGUCUCCGAGAAAACCUCCAUCUCUGAGAAGGUGCUGGCCUCAGAGAAGACAUCUCUAUCGGAGAAGAUAGCAGUGUCAGAGAAAAGAAACAGCUCAGAGAAGAAGUCUGUUCUAGAAAAAACCAGUGUCUCUGAGAAGUCGCCGGCCCCAGGGAUGGCACUGGGCUCAGGAAGGAGGCUGGUGUCUGAGAAAGCAUCCAUCUUUGAGAAGGCACUGGCCUCAGAGAAGAGCCCAUCUGCAGACGCCAAGCCGGCCCCAAAGAGGGCCACAGCCUCAGAGCAGCCUCUGGCGCAGGAGCCGCCAGCCUCUGGGGGAAGCCCAGCCACCACCAAGGAGCAGAGAGGAAGGGCCCUCCCUGGGAAGAACGUGCCCUCUUUGGCAGAGCAGGGGGCUUCAGACCCUCCGACUGUGGCCUCCCGCCUCCCACCCAUCACACUCCAGGUGAAAAUCCCCAGCAAGGAGGAAGAGGCAGAUACGUCCUCACCCACGCAGCGAACCUACAGCAGCUCCCUCAAACGCUCCAGCCCCAGGACCAUCUCCUUUCAGAUGAAACCCAAGAAAGAAAACUCGGAAACAACCCUAACUCGCAGUGCCAGCAUGAAGCUCCCAGACAACACAGUGAAGUUGGGAGAGAAGCUGGAGAGAUACCACACGGCCAUACGGAGAUCAGAAUCUGUCAAGUCUCGGGGUUUGCCUUGCACUGAGUUAUUUGUGGCUCCUGUGGGUGUAGCCAGCAAGCGCCACCUCUUUGAGAAGGAACUGGCAGGCCAGAGCCGAGCAGAACCAGCCUCCAGCCGGAAGGAGAACUUGAGGCUCUCAGGGGUUGUGACAUCAAGGCUCAACCUGUGGAUCAGCAGGACCCAGGAGUCUGGAGAUCAGGACCCCCAGGAGGCACAGAAAGCGUCAUCCGCUACCGAGAGGACUCAGUGGGGACAGAAAUCUGACUCCUCGCUGGACGCUGAGGUGUGACAAGCCCUGCCAAGACAGACCUGCAAGUCUUUGUCUCAAGGGACCUCCCUCAUGCCAGGCCCCUGCCUCUCACAGCAGCACCCUUUCCUCUCAUUGCCCCUGUUCCCUUUUUGCCUGUGGAUCUGUUUGGCCAGGGCCCCUGGGGUCAGGAAUAUUUGCAAGACUCAACCAGCUCCUUCCUAGCCCAGCCUCUUGGGGCUGGGACUUUCUUACCCCACGUCAGGCACAACAGUUGUUGGGACCCAGCCUCUGCCCAGGGCACAGCACAAGUGCACAUCAGCACUAUGGGGCCUAUGUCUUGCCCAGAGACCUCUGCUCCUUCCUGCUCACAUCCAAGGUCACGGCAUGGCACCCCUCAAGAACUCCAGAGUCAUCUGUCUCAUCAGCUCCCAGCAAGUGCCUCUGUGUCUAUGAUGUCCCCCUUCACUGAGGCCUGGACCCAUCCAUCUUUGUCCCUGGGGCCUUCUCCCAGCCACUGAGGCCCACUCUGGCCAGAUGGAGAAGGAGCUGCCGUGCGUCUUCCCUGUGCCCCGUCUCCCUGGCUUGGUUCUCCCCUCCCUUCCCUGGCCUGCUGCCGUGGCCGGGAGCUAAGUGCCUUUUUGUGUGCAACCACUUACCCUUUCUCUGAAAAACCUGUUCUCAGGAAGGAUCUGAUAAACUCAUUUACUCUCA